ACAAGGGUCAGCAGGGCUGUCUCAUCUGACAAUGGCUUCAGCCCUGGAGGUGUCCAGCUUCACAGAGGACCUGGUGUGUCCCGUCUGCCUGGACCUGUUCAAGGAUCCACGGAUGCUGCCAUGUGGGCACAGCUUCUGCACACCCUGCCUGAAAGCCUGCAUACCCACUGGGCAGCACCAGGGGCUGUGCCCCAAGUGCCGGGUCCCAUUCAAGCCCCAGCACCUAGUCGCCAACUGGGCCUUGCGUAGCUUGGCUGACAAAGCCCGAGUCCUGAAGCUGGAUGAGGGGCUCCCCCCGGGUGCCGGGGCCAGCUGGUGCUUCUGCACAGAGCACGAGGAGCCCCUCAAGCUGUUCUGCAGCCAGGAUGAGGCUCCCAUCUGUGUGAUCUGCCGGGACCUGCCCCAGCACCGGGGCCAUGACUUCCUGCCCAUCAAAAACGCUGUGCAGGAGUACCAGGAGAAACUGAAGGCUUGCCUUGGGACCCUGGAGGGCAAUCUGACCUCCGCCACAGAGAAGCAGGAACACCAGGAAGAAAACAAAGUGAAGCUGGAGGUCUGCCUUCAAGACCUGCUGGAUCACAUCUCCAUGGGGUUUGAGGGCCUCCACCAAGUCCUGAGGGAGAAGGAGCAAAACAUGAAGGAGACUGUGAAGACAAUGAAAGAGGCAAAUCUGGCAGAGAUGGAGGAGAGCCUGAAGGAUUUGAGGGAGGAUGUGGAGUUCUGCAAUGAGACCCUGGCCAGGACACGGGCAGCGCUGGAGGGGACAGAUCCAAUCACCUUCCUGAGUGGCAUCAAGGACCUGAUGGAAAGAAUCCAGGAAGAUCGUGGGAGCCAGGAGGAAGAGCAAGAGGAAGAGCAGGAGGAAGAGGAGUGGAGUUAUGAUGAUGAAGAAGAGGAAGAUGUGGAGUCAGAAGAGGAAGACAAUGACAAUGUAGAAGAUGUUGUCCCUGUGGAGUCAACCUUCAAAGAAUUCAAAGACAAGCUGGACUUUGAUGCCUGGGAGAAAAUGCUGAAGAGCAUCCUGCCCUCAGGGGAGGAGGGGGAAGUAGAGUGAGGCCUCUCCCCAGAGCUGGCUGAAUCUUCAUGCUGGACAUGCCAAGGCCAAUUCAGUAUAACCGCAGGGGCUUUCCCCUGCUGCCCCACCCCAGAGCUGGCUGCAUCUCAGUGCUAGGCAAGCUCUCCCUGUGUGGCAUUGGUGUGAGGCUCUUCCCUAAGCCUUCCCACCCCUACCUCUGGGUGUCACUUUCCAGAUGUUUGCCUUUUCCCUGCCCACACCCCCAUCUAGCAUAAGAACUGAGGUUACUGUUGCGAAGAAGAUGCUUGAGGCCAGGCUUGUCCAACAAACGACCCGUGGGCUGCCAUGUGGCCCACCAAGGCAUUUUCUGAGGCUCUGCCCGCCCGCCUGGCCCGAGGAGCCGAUGCCCGCCUGGGUGGCCACAGCCGGUGCCACGGGCUUGGGGCAGGCGCAGGACGGAGCCUUCGUAGGAGAACUUUGUCUCCAGGUGGUGGAGGAGCGGCUCCACUCGUGGGCCCGGGACACGCUGGUUGCUGGCGGGGGGAUGCACAUCUGGGAGCGCCCGUGCUCCUGCCCCCACCUUCCCACCCCGACACAAGCCCGUGCCCUGCGCUACCAGAGUGGCCCCGCGUUGGGGGCCAAACAGCGGCUGCUGGCACUGCUGACCCGUGCUUGCCUCCUCGCCAGCCCCGCUGCUCUGCCCUGCCCUGCCCUGCCCCACAGCAAGUUGGUACUUGCUCCGCUGGCUGGCCUGGCGGGCCCCAGGCUAACCCGGGCCUGGCCCUGCGGCUUCUCCAACACCAGGUCAACCUGGUUGUAGCCAAGUGGCUUUUUCAGCACCAUGUCAACCUGGGCAUGGCACCAGGCCGGCUGGGCACCAGGUCUGUAAAAAUACUGUCCAGUGUUUGGAUUGUGGUUGCCUCUGUUUCUCUUUGUGCGG